CCCCAAAUUUCCAAAAAAAUUCCCCAAAAUUUCCCCAAAAAUUCCAAGAAAAUUCUCCCAGAGCCGUUCAUUAUCCAUUCAACACCCAAUAAUUACCCAUUGAUUAACAAUUAAUUAGCAAUUCAUUAACCAUCAUUUACCUAAUUUUUACCCAUUAAAAACAAAUUAAUUAUUCAUUAAUUACCCAUUAAAAACACACUAAUUAACCAUUAGUUACCCAUUAACUAUCCAUUAAUUACAUCAAUUAUCAAUAACUUCCCCAUUUAUUGCCCAUCAAUAACCUAUUACUCACCGAUUAAUUACCCACUAAUAACUCAUUAAUGACCCAUUAAUUACACAUUAAUACCACAUAAUAACCAAUUAAUAACGAAAUAAUUACCCUUUUAUAACCCAUUAAUUGCCAAUUAAUUACUUGUUAAUAUACCACUAAUUACUCAUUAAGAGCCCAUUAACAACCCAUUAGUUACUCAUAAAUAAACCUUCAAUUACACGUUAAUGACAUUUUCAUACGCCAUUAAUUGUCCAUUAAUUACCCAAUUAUUACCAAUUAGUUACCCAUUAAGCAGCUAUUAAUAUCCCAUUAUUGGACCAUUAUUGACCCAUUAAUUACCCAGUAACGAUCCAUUGAUUCGCAACUAAUAACUUAUUAAUUACCUAUUAAUGUUCCAUUAAUUACCCAUAAACUCUCUAUUAAUUACCCAUUAAUAACUCGCUAAUUAGCCAUUAAUUACCAUUAAUUAGCCAUUAAUUACCUCUUCUUUCCCAGGGAACAGCCGGAUCCUGGCUCAGGAGCGAAAAAACCAGCGGGAGAUCCUGGAGGAGAUCGAGGAGCUCAAGAUGGAGCUGGAGGAGGAGAUUGCAAAAUUCCAGAGGGAGCAGCAGGAGAUGGAGGCGAAACUCGAGCGGAUCCAGGGCCCGCUGGUCUUCAGACGGGCCCAGAGCCACGCGGUCUCGGUGACUCCGGACGAGCGCUGCCCGCCGCCGGCGCUGGAGCUCCGGGGGAAUUCCGGGAUCGCGCGCUCCGUUCCCGGCUCCCGGUGCCGUCCCCAGGCCGCGGCCGUGGCUCGGGAAGGAUUUUCCCAAGGGAAGCACUACUGGGAAGUGGAGCUGGGCGACGGCUCCGGCUGGGAGCUGGGAGUGCUGGCGGAGGAAAUCCGGGAUUUCCUCCGGGAUGAUUCCAUUCCCUCGGUUCCGGAGGAGAAGGUGGCGGGGCUGGAAUAUUCCCAGGGGGAAUUCCGGCUCCCCGGCGGGAAGCUGGAGCGGAAUUCCGGGCGCUGCCGCGUGCUCGGGCUGUUCCUGGACCAGGAAAUUGGAGUUCUCUCCUUCUUCGACGUCGAGGAAAAGCAGCUCGUGGGAUCCCUGCCCUUGAGGAUUUCUGGGAAUCUCUUCCCGUUCUUCAGGCCGGGAUCGGACGGGAAUGUUCUGGGAAUUCGCCCGGUGGGGAUUUGAAAUGGACGGGAGCGACCUCGGGAAUUGUCAGUGUUAAAAAUUAAAUUUCCUGUUA